AUGCAUUACCUAACAAGCGUUCCCAAAGAGAUUGCCAACAAUCCGCGAGCUCUGAAAUAUCGCAGAAGGGUGCUAAAUCCAAGAACCUUUCAAUUGAGCCCAGCUUUUCGAAUGUUCCGAGUCGGUGCCUGGACCACCACUGCGUGUGCCAUGACUUGGCUCGUUUUGUUUGCUGACUGGGGCGAUGGUUACCACUCGUUGACUCCCGUUCGAAACGCUUACGCUCGGCAACGCGAUUGGUUCUUUGGCCUGACUGAAGAUGACAUAGAAGAAGAUAUAAUGGAGUCUUUUCCUAGUCUUCCCGUGUCUAGUCAAUCUAUCAAGGCACCGCUGUUUGAGCUCUUGUCAUUGUCGAACAAGCUAACAUUUGAUAAUGUCUACGUGAAUGGGCUCCACGCUUUGCGCCGCUGUGAAAUACGCAAUACCUCGGAUUCGACUAUAAUUGUAAAGCUACGAUCCAAUCUUGGCAACCAGAUCGCCUUCCAAGUCACAAACGAGAAUCUACCCGACUAUGAUGAUCAGCCAACUUCAAACAUUAUCUUAUCAGAUCGAAUACCACGUACUUCUGCAUCCUCAAUUGACUCUGUAGCCGAAGAUGAUGGUGUUCAUCGUAAUCUGCCCUCAAAGCCACGCUCACGAGCAUCGUCAUUCUCAAAUCCACGCAUUAGCUCUACAAGUGGUGACAAAUCAGUAGAUAAAAUCCUCAUAGAUAAGUUGAAUCUCUCCGCGGAACCAUCCGUCAAUGUAAAUCUAUCAUUACAAACACCAUAUUCCCAACAAUUCAACCAACUCUUCAACUAUGUCAACCACAUUGAUGAAGUCACUAUUGAACCAGGCAUGAAGCAAAAGAUAAUCAUUGCCUUCUUGCCUGAAUCUAAAGUAAAAACUCGAAGGCGGACCGAAAAGCCAGAAACGGAGGCAUUUAUGGCUGGACAAGACGAGAAUGUCGCUGGAGAAGAAUCUUUUGAUUUCUUUGAAGUCAACGGGAUGCUCUUCUUCUUUGGAUAUACUCAAAAGGCUCCAGACGCUAGCCAUGCCAUCACAGAAUGGAUACCGCCUAUGGUUGUAGACUUGGAAACACCAGUUUUGCCUAGCCCUGCGAUGUCUCGAGUCAUUAUGUCCUCAAAUAAUAGCAAACCAACAUCACCAGUCGACGAUGGUGCUUUGAACGUUAUAUCUCCUCCCGACUACCAGUGUACAGUCAAAUUCAAAUCUCGAGUUUGUCGCUCGGUACUCUGGACGGAUGUUAGUGAGAUAGUGUUUGAAGACAGUGUUGUAGGAGGAACAUACUUCAAAGACUUUACGCUUUGGAAUCGAUCCGAAAUCGACUUGUAUUGGAACCUGAAUAUGGUUGAAGUACCGAAUGCUAAAAGCGUCCAACUUCUGGAUUGUGACACGGGAGAGCUCUUGGAUACAAAACCCAUAUCAUCCUUCUCCCAUCGAAGAAUAAGAGUUGCGUUUAGGCCGUUGCAGCCCGGUGACUUUGGACUAGAGCUGCAAUUAGAAAACUUGAAUGAUGCCGCCAACUUGAUACCAAUAUUUGUUCACGCCAUGGUUAGAACCGUCGUGAAUGAAGAACUUUUGGUCGUUAGUACUGGCACCUCGUUAGAUUUUGGAGACUGUCUUGCUGGAACUUGGUGCAAGCAACAGCUAGUACUUCGGAAUAUCUCAGAAUCGAAUUUGGAUGUGGAAUUCUCGUCUGACUAUGCCGAUGUCAUUUUCCAGCUCAAGGUAGAUGACGUAGAACAUAGUGACAGCCAACAGAAUGACAAUGAUACGGUAGAACCAAUUCGAGAAAUCGAUAAUCACGUAGCGGAAAGUGAUGAAGAAUCCAACUCGGAUUCCUCUCCACAGUCCUCGCCAACGCUCAAACCAUCUACCCUCAAAUCAAACGAAAUGUCUCAUUCUAGCUCGCUGGACGUUUUAGAGAUGUUCCAGGCUCAGUCAGGUACUGCGGAAAUCUCACCCGAUAUUUCAGCACCAAACCAAACAGAUGAGCUGACAUACAUAGAGGAGAUGGUUCUCAAACCUGGCUCCGAACGAAUCGUUGAAGUAUUUUAUAAACCUCAAAAGGAUAAUUUCACUCCAGAUUUCCGUGGUGGUCGUCUUACUAGAAGGAGCUUCCGCAUAUUUUUGACAUACACGGUUUUAGGGAGCUCAACGCCCGAAAAGAAGACAAUUCAGUGCAAGGCUAGAACCUGCACCUCCUUUAUCGAUGUCUCGCCACACGAAGUCACCUUUGGAGACACGGAUGUCGGAACCUUGAAGUCAUGCCCAUUGCUAAUAACAAAUGUCGCCGAUCUCAAUGCUAGGAUUGAGUUGCGAUUUAUAUCCAAGGUCCUUAAUACGUAUCGUGAUGAGCUCGUCAUCCCACCACGACAAUCAGUAGAAGUCAAGGUUGAUAUCUAUCCUCGAAAAGUAAAUCCCGACUAUAGCAAACAAAUAACGGUGGUGAAUCUCACCAAUCGAGACAAUGACCAGGUAGUAGAGGUCAGAUCCAAUAACAUAGACAAAAAUCGAGUCACCUUUCAUUCCCUAUUUUAUCGAAUAUUGACGCCGUCCAACACGAAUUUUAUUGAUUUCGGUGGUCUGGUUUUGAACGCACCAGCCGUACGCACCUUUAUACUGGACAAUAUAUCAGCCAAACCUUUAGUCUUGGAAUUAUCAACUUCAAUGUCAGAAGAAAUGCUACUGUUUGUCAAGACUGACACGUUAGUAGGUCGUGAUAGCGAAGCUACACCUUCGUUGCAACGACGAGAGAAAUUGUUAGACAUGAGCAAUCGUAAACUCGACUCUGAUACAGCUAAUGGCACAAAAAGCUCUGAGAGCCCAGCUACGGACUUGGAGGAUUCUGAGAAUUCAGCACAAUCUCCUACUACUGCUCCGCCUCGACUCAGAUCUCAAAUGCCUUCGGAGCGUCUCGAGGCAACGGAAAGGACUCAAUAUCUUGACCUUGCCUCGACAGUGUCGGAUAAACGCUCACCUCGCAGGAGAGGUACUGGGCGCACGUCCACGGUGGCAGUUCCUCACCGAAAUCUCAGCCGAGAUCGUGAAAACAGGGAAUACGUCCCCGAUGCAACCAUUACACUUGAUACCAAACUUAGCGGUGAAGAUGAGCGCAGCCGCCCAUCUCGGCUGCCUGACCAAGGACGUCCUUCACGAAACGGUCUGCUAUCUAAUGGUAACAAUUAUAUUUCAGUCAACGUCACAGCCAGCAAUAGCAAUAAUGCAGAAGGUGAAGAAGUCGAGUCAAGAAUGCCAGUCAGUAAACUCAUAACUAGCCUAGAAACCACCACUGGUGUCUCACCACCUCUAUUUCCCAAAAUAUCCGCCGAAGAAAAGUUUGUACGAGCUCAACUCUUGCUUCGACGUGAACUGGAACUGGCCGUAUCCGAAAACAGACUCGUGCCAGCUAAAAGAGUUCUGAUACAACCUCAGUCUCAACUAAUGGUUGUUGUGGUCUUUACCCCCUUAUCGACCAAUAGGCCGAUGGUACAGAGCAAGCCUCGAAAGUUUGAUGGACGAGUAUUUAUGAAACUCGUCGAAUUUGAUCGUAGUAUAAGACAGCCGCAGUUCGAGGCCUUGCUUCAAGGAGAAUCUAUACCCGUUAGGGAGUUUUUAGUCAGAUGCUCGAUAUGUAGGUCAGUCAUGGAACUAGGUCAAAAGCACAUCAACUUUGGCACGCUCGUGAAGAAUGAGAGAAGAACGAAAACUAUAGUAAUAAGAAACAACUCCGAGAUACACCUUUUGUAUGCAAUCCGUAAGUCCGGAACUGUAGCCUCCGGCGACGUGAUUAUUGGAGAAGGAAGAUUUGGUAUAUUACGUAGUUUAGCUCAAAAGGAGGUAGAAUUUGUAUUUGAUCCAUCCUUAUCUGGCGCCUUCCAAGAGCGCCUAAAGGUGGAGAAUGUCAUGGAUCAUACCAACGACCAGCUGCUAUCCUUGAAGGCCCAGAUUCGAAAACCGUCAAACUUCUUUUUACAGGCAAUGACGAUCGACUUUGGUGCAUGCCUCAUAGAUAACGAAUCUCUUCAACCUCAGAGUAUAGUCGUAUCCAAUACGUCGUCCAAGCAAUCCCGUCUUAUGGAAGUGAGGGUAGAAUUGGCUGACACAGUAUACAAGUAUUUUGACCUUCGAGUUCGCUUCGAGGCAGUAUCGAACGGUGACGUUGGUGACCAGGAUAGUAUCGACGAGAAUCGUGCUCGUCGUGUAGUACUCAGCAAAGCUUCAGAGGAGAAACUGGAGCAGUUAGAGCAGAAGCUUAAGAUUGCAACUCGUAAGGGUCGGCCCGAAAAGAUUCGUAAACUUGCUGACCAGAUUGACCGUCUGAAGAGCGGGCUCGAUGAUAAUCUAUUCGACACGGACAAUGCUACGUCGUCUGUCUCUGAAGCACUGACAGGAUCGCCCAUUCCGUCUCAGGUACCCACGCCGACAACUGAGCCGUUUUUCAGUCCUCCGACUCAAGCCAACUCAACGUUGGGUUCGAACGACAAUAUCUCUAUAACUAGUCGUGAUGCUGUAGAUGCCAGAGUCUCUGCCGUAUCUUUUACCCGCAUUGCCGCAAUACCGCCUCGGCCACGAAUCCGAGUAACAGAUCAUUCCAUUAUAUUUCCAUUGGAUCCUCGAGAAGUACAAACUGUGCUGGUUCGUAUCACACCGGUAAAAAGACAGUCCCCCCAUAUUACUGACCUGGAUGAGCCAACUGGGUCAGAGAGCCUCUCUUGUCGGAUUCUUGUGCAUGAGCACCGCAACACUGAUUCGCUCAAAGUGCUGAAACUAAAGGCCGUCGUUUGUUAUGAUCAAGCCUCAUAUAUAGACGAAUCUUCGCGUCUCAGGAUUGGAAAUAGCCAUGAUGACGAUACGCCCAACCUUGACGCACCAGAUUUAUCAACUCGUGGCUCGUCGUGGGUACGGUUUUCCGAAGGGUCAGACAUCCAGAAGUCCGACUCACCAUCUGAGAGUAAACCCGAAUUAUCUUCUGUUUCUGAUUCUCGUAGUAAACUGACCGAAAGUGCCACCAACACUCAGAGUGUAUCUGGCAUUAGCCAAGGAGGAAAUGGAAGCAUAAUCACCCAUGAUAGAGCGCUUACAUCGUCUCCUGUCCAGCAUACCGAGUCGUCGGUGUUAACGUCACCAGCAGGCUCAACUCCUGUUGUCGACCAGCAAUCAAUCAGACUUAUAGUAGAACUUCCUUUUAUUGAUUUAGGACGAGUAGAGGAAGGAAUCCGUCGUGACUGCUAUUUUACCCUUGUCAAUCCACAUAAGUUGCCGGUUGACUACGUGUUGUCCAAAGACGCAGAGGCUUUAGUCUUACCAGCAGUCAUGGGCCGUAUAGAGGGCUCUCAAAGCAAACGAAUUGACUUGUCUAUCCUUUCAUCGAAAUUAGGACGACAAUCGUGGUCGCUAUCAGUGAACUUCUUCCAUGAUGUCGAGACCGUCACUUUCUCUGCGUAUGUCACUGCCAAGGAAUACGUACGAUUUCCGUCUUUGGGCAAUCUGGAUAACACAGGGGCUUGGGAUUUGGGCGACUGCUUUGUCGAUCCAACCAAGAAAUAUGCCAAGGUGUUGGGUUUAAUAACGGAGAAUGUAACUAAUCAGGAUAUUGCUGUCACUGCCACAUCAAACUUGGCUCAACAAUGUUUGAUAUUUGCUGAUCAGGCCUUGGAAACUCCAGUAGUUGAAUUUAUGCUUCGUCAAAAAUCGACUACAACGUUUUAUGUAGCACUACAACCAUACGUAUCCCGCCGACCAACCGAAAAAGCAGUAUUAUCCACAGCUUCUUCUACACCCAAUACGACACCAUCAACACCGUCUACACAAGACAGGCCUCUCGAGCCUGGUGAUCGAAGUAAGGAUGGGUCUCGAGUCCGACUAAGUGCUGACGAAAGUCGUAAUCUAGUUGGUGGAUUGCGAUUUAUUGUGCAAACAAGGGAGACCAACGAAUCAAUGCUGACGUUGCUCACUCAGACCAUAAAGUUUACAGCUCUGAUAGGACAGUCAUUGUUUAACGUCUCAGAGACUCUGGUAGACUUUGGUCGAACUUGUCGUCUCAAAGACAAGUACGAGAAGACUCUACGUCUCUAUAAUAUAUCGCAUCGACUGCCACUAGUAUGUAACGUCAGUAGCUCCUCGUUAAACUUACGAACCUCAUCUGCUACUGUAUAUGUUCCACGGUCUGAAAAUGCCAGCUCCGUUGAGUUUACCAUAAAGCUAGAUGCUCAACUAAAUGGGUUUAUCGAAGAAUCACUCACCAUUGUAAAUGCUAACAACACUUCACAAGUCGUUGUCGUAAAAGUGAGGCUCUUUGUCGAUCCGAGUAUUGUAUUAGUGUCACAGAACCUCAUAGAGUGGAACGAAGUGUAUGUAGGUCCUCCAUUUCCCGACGUGCUUGGUUCUUCAGCCAACGGUGUCAUUGGUUUGAUGAAGCCUAAAUCCUCGGACAUUAUCCCCUCGUAUGAACAGUCAUUCGAGCUAGAGAAUCUGUCAGACGAACUCAUUGAGAUAUUACCAAGAAGUGACUUGAAGAUUCACGUCAGAUGGGUAGUAACUCGUCGGGCGGGAUUCGUAAUCUCUAGAAAUCCUACAGGUGUUGACGGAAAGGUAGAGGAUGACGUGAAUGAUGAUGAAAUGCAAUUAGUCGCUUAUGAGCAACAGACAGAUGUCGAGCCCGAUAUAUUAGAUGCAAAUGACGGCAACUUGGCGAUAGAAGGAUUGGUCGGUCCUCAUUUACUGUUGCAUCCACGACAAAGAGCUAUUGGAUUCGUCACCGUACCUCAGCCAUCUAAUAUUGUACUCGACUCAGAAGAUCCGGGUCACUUUGUCACUUGUGAUGGAUAUUUGAUAUUGGAUCAUGCAGAAAGACGGACGUCAUUGCAGCUCAUUCAGUUGCGAGCUCGGUAUUGUCAGUCUAUUGGAGACAUUCACCCAUCUGUUAUUGAUCUGAAAACCGUCAGGAUCGGAGACCGUGUAAAAUUCAGCUUUUCUGCAACGAAUCAGGCCGACAUUCCGCUUGCUUUUGAGUUGUGGUUACCAAGUUGUAUAGAGAUAGAGGGUGACUUCAGAAUAGUAGAUCAGUCUGACGAGGACUCUCAGCAUAUCAUUCUCUGUCCCAACUCUUCCAUCCCCCCUCGAUCAGUGCAAAUGAUCGAAGCUCUUUUCAUUGGCAAGAAGAAUAUUCCCCGCAACAAUCAAGCAUAUUCUAUUGAAUUCCACAACCUUUUUAAUGCGAAGAAUGUAUUGACUGUUGAUAUAUCCGCCACCUUGGCAAGUUUCGAGUUACGUUUUGACAGAUUGUCGAACGGUGAACUUGUCUUGCCGGCAUUGACUCAUCCAUCGACGACUUCCUCUCCUUCCGCCUGUGACGCAUGGUUCUCAAUCACCAAUCCAGGGGAGGAUGAAGUAAAGUUUGAAGUGGGAGUAAAUGUAGUUUCAGAGUUUAGUCAUCUAGUGCGUAUAGAGGUAUUGAGCAGGUCUACAAACUCCCCUCUAGACACAGGCGCCAUAACUUUAGGUGCCAAUUCUUCCAUUGAUGUGCGAGUCCGGGCCUUUGCUUGUGAAUCUCGUCUCUCAACCAAUGAUUCUCGCUCGAUGGAUGAGGGUGGUCAAGUGUGGGCUGAAGUUUUGAUUGAUGCCGAGCGCAUACCCAUUCGUGGGCGUCUCGUUGAAGGACCUUCCUUCACCUUGUCUGAGUCUCGAUUAGUCUUUAAUCCUCGAAAACUCAAAGAGACCAAUCAAUCAUCAGUAACAAUCGCAAAUCUAUUGUCUCUCCUUCCCUUACGUUUCCAAAUUAAGAUCGAGUUUCCAAUGGAGAUUCCCGCUGAUACUGAGCUGAUUCGAGUAGCACCUCUCGAUGCCAACAUGUGUGGAGUAGUUGAGGCAAGCUCGAAGUUAGCCAUAUCUAUAGAGCUCAUGUAUUCAGACAUUGCUGCACUAUCCGAGGAUAUAAAGCUGCUGGUCAUAGAUGUAGACGCUGUAUUACGACCCCCUCAAAUAAUCUUACUUGCUAUUGCUGAGCCGGAAGACUUGGUCGAAGUCAAUAGUCCUAGGAUUCAAGCACAAGAGGGCAGUAUUGUGGAAGCUGUUGCACUUCAAGACAUGUCUGCUGCCGAAUCUGGUGAAGAAAGAGAAUCAUUUUGGGACGCCCAAUCUACCGCUUCUGCAUCAUCAGCAGAAAGUGCCGAAUCGGUAGAACUUGUCGAAACAGAAACCCCCAGGAUGCCAGAAAACAGUCCGCGUCCAGCUGACGCGGUGACUGCCACAUUGUUAGCACCGAACAGUGUACGACGCGAUAGGAAGCUUCCUGUCUUCUUGCUGAAAGGCUGCAAGAGAGUGGAUGACAACGUCAAUAAUCUAUACGAGUUGGAAUUGGGCCAGCAAGACUUGAGUACGACAUCCAUAAAUCGUAAAAUUGGAUUAGAAAACGUCUCGUCGGAACGAGUAUCUUUCCGCCUAAAGCUUCUGACCAACUCAGACCUCGCGUGGCUCUCCUUCAACCGAGCAGAAGGCGUCCUGGAUCCGGGACCGCAGGAAACGCCUUAUCCUAUAACUCUAAACAUGACUGCAGCAACCAGAGGCACUUACACCACGUAUUUAACCAUUGAAAAUAUUGACAAUCCCUCUGACUCGAAGCUAGUUCGCAUAUCCAUGGAAGUGGUGCCUCGUCAGAAUAUCCGACGAACUCCAGCUCUACCGUCUGCUACCACUGGAUCAAAUGUACCAUCUACCGAACCAAUAAGCCACGUGUUUGAUGUACUGGUCAACGGUGUAGAUGCAGAACAGACUCAUAUUGAAAUGGAUAAUCUUUACUAUGAAGCUGACUACGUCGCACGUAGUAUGGUCAUUUAUAAUCGUGAAAGUGUCCCACUUCAAUUCACAGUAACGUCCAACGUAGCAUUUGAUGAACCCAGUGAAUUGGUUUUUUCAAUAUCACGGACGGGAGCCAGGCUAUUCCGUAAGUUGGUAGUAGAACCUGAAAGCCAUGUCCGCGUCUUUGUACGGUAUCGACCUUCAAAAGGAAGUGAUUAUUGGAAUAGUAAAAGCUCAGGAUCAUUGUCGCUCAGGGACGCCACUCGACCCGAUGAACGAAAUAUGGAAGUCUAUGUGAAUUGUAGGCUCGUUAAGGAUUAUCAAAAGAUUGUUGCCGUGAAAGCUGUAGUACGGCAUCCUCAGAUAUCCUUGUCAACUUCGAGCUUGCUGUUUACGGGUACUGUAAAGCCAACAGAAAAUGGAUUAGUGGUAGAUGUCCAGCCGGAAUCUGCAAGUAUUGUACUGUCUAAUCUGCUAGCAGAUGACAUGGAGUUUGCCGUUAUCAAUGACACAGCUUAUUUCGACAUCAAGUCGUUGGAUGCACCGAUGGGUUCAAUAUCAGAUUCUGUCCAGAUUACAGGACUCAUGGGUAUCAUUGCUCCGGGUCAGAGCACUCGCUUGGCAAUAUCCAUCAAUCGAGAUGCUCUUCUCCGUCAUGCUGACACAUUACGCAAGGACAAGUACGUGGUGGAGCACCUGAACAUUUACAAUCGCCGAAGACCCAGUGAAAAGUACUGGCUUGUUCUGAAACUCUCGUUUGGCCACAUACGAGACUUUGAGAUGGCGUCAGGGUCAAAGAGAGCCUUCUCUACCAUUGAGCAACAUGUGGCUAACUUUCUUCGCUACGCUACCAAAGAUUCCAGCUUGUUAAGUGUCAACGAGGUCGAGGAUCAAUUGGUUGGGAGCCAACACACUACGGCUCAAGACCUUCACUUUUUGUACAUUUACGUUGUCGAUCAGCUUAUUCAUUUCGGAACCCGAGAACACGCAUCAGAAGCAUAUAUGAGAUUGGCACAUCUGCUGUUUAGUGGCCCAGUCGUAACGCUUCUCCUUCGCGGUGAGAAUCUAAUAGAUGGAUUGAAGAAACUGGUUGGACCCAUUGCAGCUGCCGUGGACAAGUCUAUUGCCUCAAAGAGUUUACGAUCGAAAUAUAGUACUAGUGCAUCUACAGACGGAUUCCACUCCAGUGACUCAAAAGCCAUGGCUGACCGUGAAGUCAGAUUCUUUUUCCCUGAAGCCGUUGUAGAUCCGUUACCAGAAACAGAGAAUGUUCAGGCCUUCUUGGAAGACUCUCUCUAUCCAGUAUUGACAAAAGGGUUGACACAAUUGUGCAAGGAGAAGCCAGAAAACCCAACAGCCUGGUUGGGUCAAUGGCUGUUGGAGAACAAUCCCAACAAACCACAAGUGACUGAACCCGAAAGCGACUAG